CAAAUAAUUUAACGAUGAAUAGUAAGAUAACUAAGAAUGAGAGGACGAGAUGAGAGAGAAUGAACAAGUUUUACAGAUGUGAAUGUUUUGCCUCACACAAUGUGUUCAUAGCAAAGUACAGACUACAUGUCAAGUACCAGAAUGAGGAACAGUUUUGGAACGACUAUGGAGAUGUCCUCAAAGAGAGAGGGAUGACGGACAGAGGCAAAGUUCUAGAACAUGUCAAAACAGAGGUCCAAAGGCGGCUGAAUCUAGACGACAUGAUCACGAGAAAUACUGAAUAUGCUAAGAAGAACUACACGCCUCUUUACCCUCAGAUUAGAUCAUUCAAGAGAGAGUGGUUUGAUCCUAAGUUUAUAGAACUUGCUGAGGUGUGUGCUGAUCGUCUACUCAGUAAAAGUCAGAUAAUUGACAGAUAUCUCGAUACUAUCGGUGCCGAGAUUUACACGAUCCGAGCGUUUACCCCCCAGUUUUGUUCUCAACUUGUAGAAGAACUUGAUAACUUUAACGAGAAAAUUCUUCAAAGAAGUCGACCCAACACAAUGAAUACUUCUGGGGUAAUAGUGGAGGAGUUUGGACUGCUUGACUUUGUGAACCAGGCUAUAUCUAACCUAUUAUCUCCGAUAUCUAGUGUUAUAUUCCCGGAGUGGUACGGAUCUGGUACUGACUCUCAUAAGAGUUUCAGUCUGAGGUAUGAGCUAGGGAAGGACACUGAGCUGGCUUAUCACUACGAUAACGCGGAGAUCACGUUUAACUUUUGUUUAGGGAACAAGUUCUCUGGAGCUGAAGUCUACUUUACUCAUAUGACGUCUGAGGAAGAUAAGGAGGAGUACUAUGAAGCUGAUCACGUGCCAGGUGUUGUGAUGUUUCACAGAGCUAGACAGAUGCACGGUACACUCCCUCUCCUCUCAGGGUCCCGAUACAACCUACUCACGUGGCUGAGGAGCUCUUCUGUCCGCAACAAGAUGUGUCCAAUGUGCAGAUCAGUCCCUAAACUAGUUCCUUCCUCUCAUAUGGGAGAUGGCUUUACCAUUCCCACCCAGUGAGGUGACCUUUUGUAAAGCAAACACAUUUCAAUACGACCAGGUAGAAAUGGUAGAAAUGUAAGGACCAGUUCCGUCAUUUGUCUUAAACGGAAAUGACGUCCUACCUCAGAUAUUGGUCUGUUGAGAGCUCUGAACUGUUCAAGAAUAAUGAGAUAAAACAUCAGUAUAUACAUUGCUUUACAAGAUUACUUUGAUUUUCAUAUCGUCAUACCUUUUUUCUAGUUUUGGGAAUUUUCGGAAAUAUCAUGUUAUGUGAUUGUUUGUACAUUAUAUUUCAUGACGUAUUGUAGAUAUUUAAAUAUAUUAUUUAAAAAGAUUAAAUUCGAAUUCAAUACCGUGGUUUCAGAUUAUUUCAGUUUAAUAAACACUUGAACUUGGCUCCGGACAUUUUCUCGAUAGUAACAGCGAAGUCUAGUUGUUUGAUUUUUUGAUAUCAACUUUCUGCAACCUUUCAUAGCUGAUUCAUCUGUCUUUACCAUUUUAUCUAAUUUCUCUCAA